AUGCGCGUUGCUGGCCAGCAGGUGCGCUACUCGUCUAACCUCCCUAUCCCCCCCAAGCUCGCGACUCCGGAGAGCGUUUCGGGCGGCGCCGGCGUCUCGAACACAAACGCCGUUGUGGACUUCUACAAGGCGCUCCCGAAAGGCAACGAGCCCCAGAAGCACUCUAGCUCGAUCAAAUCCAAGUACUUUAACGGCAAGAAUGCGAGCGGCAAGCCGCUUGUUUUUAUCAUUGGCUUCUUGAUGGUCUUUGGGUACACGCUUGAAUACAACGGUCACCUCACCCUUGUCGAUCAUGUACGCACAGAUACACUGCAUGCGGAAGUCGCGCAUACAAUGCAGCUUCGCGCAUCGUUAGCCUAUGCAUUGCGCAAAGACCGCGCUGCGCAAGAGCCCUUGCGCACUGUCCAGGCAGUGCGCGAAUACCUCCCCUCCUUGCUGGGGUUGUAUAACAGUAUACUCACGGAUGCAGUCUUGGUGCACAAGCCGCUCGUCUUCUCCUGGCAGUCCAGGGCUGGCGUCUACAAAGUAGAAGGCCUCGAUGGAGAGCUCAGUAUGGUACUGUUUGUAUACGCCACGGCACUAUCCAACGAAUGCGCACGGAUCGUCGAAUCACUGGGUCCCUACGAACUCGACCCAACCCUGGCCGUCGAUGCAAACCGCGCAAAAGAGGAGCGCUUAAAAGCUGCAAUUGAUCUCCUGUGCCGCGCUUCCGGUAUUUUCGCGUUGCUCACCAACGAUUUGAUCCCCAGGCUUGCGAGCGACACGUCGCGCCCACCCGAGCUUACCAGCGCACAAAUACAAGCGCUUGCGCGUGUGGCGAUGGCAGAAGCACACCGACUUGCGGUGCGCAAGCUACAGGCCCCUGCAUUGACGCAGGCAAGGGAGACGCUCACGCCUGGACCUCCAUUGCCAAAAGAGCAUCCGUCCGCGUCGCUGCUCGCAAAAAUUCACGUACACACCGCGUCCUUGUAUGAGCAGGCAUCAACCCUCGUGUGCCCCCCUGUUAUAGACCACCCACUGGGCAAAGUUAAAGCCACCAUGCGGAGCCUCAAGCCAGUGAGCGAGCAGAGCGCCUCGGCGCUGCAACGCUACCUUGUGCACGAGGCGAAAUGGCACCGCGCAUUGGCGCACAAGUGGUUCGGCAUCGACGCCGGAGAGAAUGCGCAGCAGACUGGCGCUGGCGUCGCACAUUUGACCGCGGCAAAAAUGCAGCUCGCGGAGCUCGUCCCAAAAAACGCGGCGCCGAGCGCACCUGGGAAGGAAACACAGGUACGCAUUCCCUUGUGGGAACAGCGCCGCGCCGCUCGUUUCCGUGGUGAUCUUGCGUUGUGGUGGGCAGCGAUGGAAAUGGAAAGCGUCGUGCGUUGGCAAGAUGUGUACAAGCGCCUUAACGACAAGGUAGCUUUCCAGUGCGUCCCAGCGAUAAACGAGUUGGUACAGGGCGGCGCAGAAGGGCGGGCAGUGCUUGUGCAGAAACCGUUUGUUUUGCCGAGGCCCGCAUACGGCCCCGGCGCGCUCGGUGCAGAGCAGGGCGUGGCCCAUGAGCUGCUGCUGGGUAUGCAAACGGAGCGGGAGGAACGACACGCAUAUGCAGGUGCAGGUGCGUACUAUUAA